AGUUUAAAUUUGUUUUUAAACACAUACUCAUUAGUUUUGUGAAAGUCUGUGAUAUCGUUUCUAUGUCUCAUUUAGAUAAUCAGUGUAUAACUGAAAUCAAAGUUUCCCUUAUCGCCAAGCCAUAAUAGACAUUCGAAAUAAUUUGAUGAUAAGCCAUUACGAAAACGUUCAGUAUAAUCUUUGGAAACGUGAGUCGAACCGGCAUUUUUGUCGCGGCCGUGAAUCUGAUCAUACUCAGACAUAAUGUUUUCUGAAGAUAACGAUUACCUCAUCCAUGGACCUGAGCCUCACGAACCCCUUGUGAACGAAACUUUGGGGCAGAUUUUCUUCAAGAUUUUGCACGAGAAUCCACCUGGACAUCAGAUUAUGAUUGACGCCCACACUGGCAAAGACCUGGUCUCCAAUCAGCUCCUGGAGCAAGCCUGCAACCUGGCACAGGCUCUGCGCUCCUACGGCUGCACUCCGGAGACCACAGUAGCCAUAGCCAGCGAAAACAACCUCGAGUUCUUCGUUCCCGUCAUGGCUUCCCUCUUCGCUGGCACCAUCAUGGUGCCUCUGAGUGUGAAUUAUACCACCACGGAGCUGCUGCAUACCGUUAAUAUCACGCAGCCGCGGAUCGUGUUUUGCUCCAAGAGAGCAUCCAAGGGGUACCUAGAGAUGAAGAAAAAGAUGUCUUUCAUGGAGGUGAUAGUGGUUAUCGAUAGUGAAGAAAAUUUCACCGGCACACAGAGCAUCAAAACAUUCAUCCAGAACUACCUGGGAGGUCAGAGGAUGUCACCGUCUCAGUUUUCGCCGUUCGAUGGUGAUCCCAAGGAGAAUGUGGCUUUCAUAUUGUGCUCUUCAGGCACCACUGGGAUGCCGAAAGGAGUCAUGUUGACUCAUACCAAUGUUGUCACAAGAUUGAUGCAGUCAAGGGAUCCAGCUUACCUCACUCCUUACACCAGAGUCCUCGGCCUGAUGCCCUUCUACCACUCUUACGGCCUAUUUUUCGGUCUCACCUCGUUCCUCAACCGCCACAUCACUAUAAUGAUGGACAGGUAUCAGGAAGACUUCUUCUUGAGGGCCAUCCAGGAUUACAAGAUCGAAGUGCUCAGGGUAACACCACCGUUAGCUAUCUUCCUGUCCAAAACACCCAAGAUCAAAGACUACAAUCUGUCCAGUGUGGCAGAGUUCUUCUCAGCAGCAGCACCACUGAGCGGGGAAACUGAAGUGGAGUUGAAAAAAAGAUUGAACCUGAAGAUGAUCUACCAAGCCUACGGUUGCACAGAAGGCACCCUAGCGCUGACAAUCAUGAACAAAGACGUGUACAGACCAGGCUCCUGCGGUCAAGUCAUCACCUACAUGACCUGCAAGGUCCGAGACCCGGACUCCGGCAGAUCUCUGGGCCCCAACCAGGUGGGUGAGCUCUGUUACAAGGGCCCCUCGGUCAUGAAGGGCUACUACAAGAACCCCCGAGCCACCAAGGAGUCCUUCACCGCAGACGGAUGGCUGAGGACGGGCGAUCUGGGGUACUAUGACGAAGAGAAGUACUUCUACAUAGUCGACAGACUGAAGGAGCUGAUCAAGUACAAGGGUCACCAAGUAGCCCCUGCGGAGUUGGAAGCGAUCCUGGUGAAUAAUCCGAAGGUGCAGGAGGCUGCUGUUGUUGGUCUGCCUGAUGAGAUGGCUGGGGAGCUGCCGUUGGCUUUCAUCAUCAAGAGGGAUUGGGUAGAGGUUACCGCGCAGGAGCUUCAAGAUUACGUUGCCAGUAGAGUAUCACCUCAAAAGAGACUUAGAGGAGGCGUUAUAUUCGUGGAAUCCAUACCAAAGAAUCCAAGUGGAAAAAUAUUGAGAAGGAAGCUGAAGGGCAAACUGAAGGAUUAUAAGGCUAUGCAGCAAUCCAAACUUUGAUAUAGCAGAUCAUUUUCGAUUCAUAAAAUUUCUAUUACAUUUCGAAGUUAUUAUCGUAUUCUCUGAAGAAUAUCAGAGAUGUUGUAUUUAUUAUCUUCUUGUGAGAGAUGUCAAAUUUUAAUAUUGUUAAAUUUUACGAGUGUGUGUUCAAAGAAAUAUAUUUACAAUAAUUUU